UCAUUAAUUUUAUUUGAUUAAAGCCCUGACAUUAAGUACCUGGCUGGUGCUGAUUUUGAGAUAUUUCCUCCUGUGAGGUUCCAGAAACCGGGUGUAUGCUUAUGUCAAGCUCGAAAAUGUCUAAAUUGCUGUUUUUACUUUAACACACAAACGCUAAGAUCGGCCGGUUUGACAACCGGCCUAAAUACAGCUACUCGUGCUUGCCUAUCAGUCCUCCCAGAUUUUCGCAGGCGACGCAGGAAGCCUUGUGUAAAGGACCUGACGUGCCCCCUCUGUCAGAGCUCAGCCUGCACCGCUCACCUUCACGCUUUUGUGAAUAAACGUUCUCUUUGCACUCACCCGCUGCCCGCAUUUCCUAUUUUUUUUUCAAAUGCAAAAACUCGGGGUGAGUCGGACACGGGGGGUGGGGGUGGGGGGUCGUUAGCACCUCUUCCAAACUCUGAAGUAAAUUCUGUAUUGGUCCCAUUCAUCGUCGCUGCUGCCGCUUCUUCAAUAUUCUUCCCACCUCGGCUAAAUCCUGCGGGAAUAAAUAGACUGGAAUUCAUGCUUUGCAUUCGCUGCUUGGAUUUACGCGGCGGGGCUGUAAAGCUGGGAGCACCGAGGCAUGCAAUUCCAGCACCGAAUGAACAGAGCAAGCAAAAAUAUCAAUAAUAAAAAAACAUGUCUAACGUAUCCUUUCACGGAGAGUUACAUGCACGGACACUACGCUAAAAUAAAGUGUGGGCAUUAAAAAAAAAACUACGCAUGCACAAUUAAACAGUUUCUAUAAAUAUAUAUAUAUAUAUAUAUUUAGAAAAGUCAAGACAUUCAUGAACUUAAAGGAAGAUUCCGUUAACUUAGCUGUUGUCGUUUUCAUUCUGCAGCUGUCAGCAGAGUUCGCGUUAGCAAAGUUAAAGCUUUGGUUUGUUUUUUAACGCGGUCACAUUAUUGCGCGUCAGAUCUUUCAAUCACGCGAGCCAAUUUUCUCCCCCUCCUCCUCCUCUUCCUCCUCCCUCUGCCACCGUUAAAUGGUCUAUGACGGACGAACACAAAAAUAAGCGGAAAGCAGCACUGCUGAUGUCCCAUUGUUGACAAAUCCAUGAAACAACUCCAGUUUGCAUGGUUUAACAGAGAGGAGAGGAGAGGUGGGUGGAGGGAGGAGAGGAGAGUGGAGAGAGGACAGGGGGGCGUCUGUCGUCACCAAACCACGUGUCCAGCGCUGAUAGUAUAUCUUAUAGUGGGGAGGGAAAGUAAUCUAUCAGACAGUCUUGUUAAAAGCCCCGGCCUUUUUAAGAGCAGCAUGUGUCAUCUCGGCUCGGUUCUCCAAAUAUCGCUCGUCCAGGAAAUCUAAGCACCGAGAAGGGACGUCGGAGCGCAAAAGUCGCGCUGUCUGCAAAACAACUUCGAGGCGAAACGCGCUGCUCCGCGGGCCUGCUCACUGACCGAGUGGGGAAAUAUCUGUAGAAGUUUGAAGUUCCUUGUCGGCUGGACUGGCAGGCGUCCGGUUCGAUCACAUUUAGAUUUUUGGGGAGGGGAAAGCAUCCGAUCUGUUGACAACCAGCAGCUCGAGCGCACUGACCGCGCGGUUGCUCUGUCUUUUUCGGCUGCAGUGAGACUUUUUUUAAUAAUAAAAAAAAAUAAAACGGUGUCAGUAAGACGUGAGAUGACCCUGUCUGGAGGCAGCGAACGAGCCAGCGACAUGUCCGGCCAAACUGUGCUCACAGCCGAGGACGUGGAUAUUGACGUCGUGGGCGAGGGAGAUGAGGAGGGCAUGGAGAGGGUGGACAGCGACUGCGACAGCCCAGGAGACGGCAUCCUGCACGACCUCCGGGGGGAAACGGGAGACGAGGAGGUGGAAGAUGAGAUCGAGGUGGAGAAAGAGGAGAUGAGGUCCGGGGUAGGGAGUCCGUGCUGCGAGAGCGCCGGGGAGGCAGAAUCGGGCACCGGAAAAGGAGAGGGUCACGACCAGAGCGCAACGCCAGGUGCGAUCCAGAAGCCCAAGAGUAGCCUGGUAAAGCCGCCUUACUCCUACAUCGCACUCAUCACCAUGGCUAUCCUGCAGAGCCCGCAGAAAAAGCUCACCCUCAGCGGGAUCUGCGAGUUCAUCAGCAACCGCUUCCCUUAUUACCGUGAGAAGUUCCCGGCGUGGCAAAACUCCAUCCGUCACAACUUGUCUCUCAACGACUGCUUCAUAAAAAUCCCCCGGGAACCUGGUAACCCCGGCAAGGGCAACUACUGGACCAUGGACCCCGCUUCAGAGGACAUGUUCGACAACGGCAGCUUCCUCAGGAGGAGGAAAAGGUUCAAGAGAGUUCAGCCAGAUGUUCUCAGGGACCAGACUGCUCUCAUGAUGCAAAGUUUCGGGGCGUACAGUCUUGGAGGUCCCUACGGGAGACACUACGGUAUCCACCCGGCGGCGUAUUCCCAUCCAGCUGCUUUGCAGUACCCGUACAUCCCCCCUGUAGGUCCCAUGCUGCCCCCGGGCGUUCCUCUCCUGCCCUCGGCGGAGCUAAACAGAAAAGCGUUCAACUCUCAGCUCAGCCCGAGCCUUCAGCUUCAACUCAGUAGUCUCAGCACGGCGUCUAUGAUCAAAUCAGAGCCUUCAAACAGACCUUCUUUCAGUAUAGAAAACAUAAUCGGGGUGUCCAGUGCCUCCUCUUCCUCGCCGGGCGCCGCUCAGGCUUUCCUGCGGCCUCCUGUGACCGUUCAGUCGGCACUGCUGAGCGCGCAGUCCCUCUCUCUGACCCGGACCUCAGCCGCUAUCGCGCCCAUCCUCAGUGUACCUUCAAAUAUUAUUUCUGGACACGUUUUACCCUCAGCGACGGCGGCGGCAGUGUCCAAAUGGCCUUCACAAUGACUUCAAAAUGAAGAGAAAGCAAACUCUUAUUUUUAUAUACAGACAUUAUUACUGGGAAGUGUGAAAAGCACAAAUUUAUAGGCAGCACUGGACUGUAAAGCCAUGUAAAGACUGUUGAAAAACAGAGAACAAAAAACGAAAAAGAAGAUUUUUCUGUACAGGUAAUAUUUGUAAAUAUUUGUAAAAAAAAACAAAACAAAAACAAAACAAAUGAUUUUGCCAGUUUGACUUUUACCUGUUCCUUUCUCCCCUUUGUUCCUGUUUGAGAUCUGUGGUAAUUAUUUUACUUUUUUUCUUCUUUCUUUUUGUAACAGAAGCUCAACUGGACAUAGUUACUUUGGCUUCUUUUUCAUACAAGACACAAAACCUCUGGAAAAAAAAAGAGAGACUGUUUAUAAUAAUAAUUUAAAAAAAUACAAAUAUAUGUAAUUCUAUGUAGCUAUAUUGUGUUGUAAACUGAAUUUAUUUGUAAAUAAAUCUAAGAAAGAAUUAAA